CGCGGCGGAGGCAGCCGGGCCCUGCCGAGCAGCUUCGGGUGCGCUGCUGCCGCCCCCCCGUGGCUCCCCGCAGCUGUUCCGUCUAGUGGGAUCGGGCCCCGCUCCAGCGUCCGCGCGCAGGGGUCCCCUCAGCCGCGCCGCCCGGCCCGGGGGCCGCCGUGACUCUCCCGGGCGCCCCCAGUGCUGGGUAAGCCCCGGCCAGGCGCCCGGGAGCUGCGCCCCUCCCGCGCCGCCAUGGCCCCUAAGGACAUCAUGACCAACUCCCACGCCAAGUCCAUCCUGAACGCCAUGAACGCCCUGCGGAAGAGCAGCACGCUCUGCGACGUGACUCUGCGCGUGGAGCAGAAAGACUUCGCCGCGCACCGCAUUGUGCUGGCGGCCUGCAGCGACUACUUCUGCGCCAUGUUCACUAGCGAGCUUUCAGAAAAAGAUAAACCAUAUGUGGAUAUCCAAGGGUUGACAGCCUCUACUAUGGAAAUCCUGCUGGACUUUGUGUAUACAGAAACGGUUCAUGUGACAGUAGAAAAUGUCCAGGAAUUGCUCCCAGCAGCAUGUCUGCUUCAGCUGAAAGGUGUGAAGCAGGCUUGUUGUGAGUUCUUGGAAAGCCAGCUGGAUCCAUCAAACUGUUUGGGCAUCCGAGAUUUUGCUGAGACACACAACUGCGUUGAUCUAAUGCAGGCAGCAGAGGUCUUCAGCCAGAAACACUUCCCAGAGGUGGUUCAGCAUGAAGAGUUCAUCCUCUUAAAUCAGGAAGAGGUGGAAAAGCUCAUCAAAUGUGAUGAAAUUCAGUUUCAGUAUCCUCCUUUCUGUGGGCACCAGACUGGACACAGUAUUCCAGCAGCAGUCACAUCAGUGCCAAGUAUCGAGGUGGAUUCUGAAGAACCUGUUUUUGAGGCAGUUAUAAAUUGGGUGAAACACUCAAAAAAGGAACGGGAGGACUCCUUGCCAGAGCUGCUGCAGUACGUGCGCAUGCCGCUUCUUACCCCACGCUACAUCACAGAUGUCAUAGACACCGAGCCUUUUAUACGGUGCAGUUUGCAGUGCAGAGACCUUGUAGAUGAAGCUAAGAAAUUCCAUCUAAGGCCUGAGCUCCGGAGUCAGAUGCAGGGACCCAGGACUAGAGCACGUCUAGGGGCUAACGAGGUUCUGCUAGUGAUUGGAGGCUUUGGCAGUCAGCAGUCACCUAUUGACGUGGUGGAAAAAUAUGACCCAAAGACCCAGGAGUGGAGUUUCUUGCCGAGCAUCACCCGUAAGAGGCGCUAUGUUGCCACGGUGUCCCUGCAUGAUCGGAUUUAUGUGAUUGGGGGAUACGACGGCCGCUCCCGUCUCAGCUCUGUGGAGUGCUUGGAUUACACGUCGGAUGAGGAUGGCAUCUGGUACUCAGUGGCUCCAAUGAAUGUUCGUCGAGGCCUGGCAGGGGCCACUACCCUAGGAGAUAUGAUUUACGUUUCUGGUGGUUUUGAUGGAAGCCGGCGUCACACCAGUAUGGAAAGAUAUGACCCAAAUAUUGAUCAAUGGAGUAUGCUGGGAGACAUGCAAACAGCUCGGGAAGGAGCAGGACUGGUUGUAGCUAAUGGUCUUAUCUACUGCCUCGGUGGCUAUGAUGGGCUGAACAUCCUGAACUCUGUAGAGAGGUAUGACCCUCACACUGGACACUGGACAAAUGUCACCCCAAUGGCCACCAAGCGCUCAGGAGCAGGAGUAGCGUUGUUGAACGAUCACAUUUAUGUUGUUGGUGGGUUUGAUGGGACAGCGCAUCUCUCCUCUGUGGAAGCCUAUAACGUUCGCACUGAUUCCUGGACUACUGUGACGAGUAUGACAACGCCUCGUUGCUACGUGGGUGCCACCGUGCUGAGGGGACGGCUGUAUGCAAUAGCUGGGUAUGAUGGCAACUCGCUGCUGAGCAGCAUUGAGUGCUAUGAUCCCAUCAUUGAUAGCUGGGAAGUGGUGACCUCACUGGGUACACAACGUUGUGAUGCUGGUGUUUGUGUCCUUCGGGAGAAGUGACUUUGGAGAAGCCCAGGUGAGAGAAACUCCUUGAGAGGGACAGGCUGAAGGAGGAGAGUCUCACGUGAUUUGCAGGGACUGUUCCUGAUAGCUGGGGAUGCAGGGACUGCAGGCACUAGUGCAGCAUUCUUUCUGUGCUGCUUGAAAUACGUUGUGUGGACAAAGACAUCACCCCAGCAGCCACUUGAAAUCAGGAGCUCUGUGUGAAGCUAGAAAAAGGUACUUGGGUGGGUCAGGAGAAAUUGCAUCCUCUGCCAACCUGCCAUCCCAACAGCUAACUUUAUCAACACAGCAGAUAUGCUUGGAGCUUUGGCUGGUCAGACAGCCUAAUGAAUGUUUAGGAAGAUACGUACUUACAGCUGAUCUGACAGUCACCUCUGCACCUACAGUCCUUGCAGGGUCACUGGCAGCUCUGAGUUGCCUGCGUGUUUGAGGGUGGAAUCCAAACUGUUUUUGAUGUGCCAGCUUCAGAUUCUCAUACAAAGUAAAUGUUUAAAGCUAAGUGUUCCAUGUACCAAGUGCACUUCCAUGCAGAUGAUUGCCAGUGUGUGCUACACUGGAGCUACAUUUGCAGGUUAUACAUGGACCUGUGUACAAAGGACAGAAAUCGCACACUAAUGCUUUCAACUACUGAGACCCAGAUGUGGCGGCGGAGGAGGAGAAGGGUCUGGCACUCCAGGUAAUAGUGGAGGAGGGAGAAGCAGAGAUUGGGGUGUUGGCAAGACUGCAGUAUCCCAGUCUGCCUACUGGAAACAGAUUGGAAGAGGUGAGGAGAAUAAUGUGUUUAACAUGGUCGCAUUUUCUUCAAGAAGAUUGAUGGACUUGUCUUGGGAGUGAGCUUUUUCUGGCAGCAGAAACCUCACUCUGCUGCUCACCACAACCCUGUGUUUGUCAUCGUGCAGAACGGUGGAACCAGCGGAUCUCUUGGUGACUGAGACAUGGGAGAGUAGACAGGACUCAGGAUCAAUUUAGAACAUACAUGUACUACUGAAUAAGAACCAUUCCCUGCCUCAAGACACAAGGCAUCUAGAACUGGCACGUCAAACCCCUUUCAUGCCUUUACUCUCGGCUAUUUACUUCCUUGGCUCCUAACACCUCGUCUUCUCACGCCCAUAAUGCUGUGUGCAAAACGUACAGUCCAAGCUCCACAGCUGAAGCUGCAAAUAAUGCAGCUUCAUCCAUUGGCUUGCUAGACUGUCCUCCCCUUCAGCCCAUCUUACAUCUUUGGUGCUCUCUGCUCAAGGAUCAGAAGCCUCAGUCACUCCUGCCAAGCCUCCCACAAUGUCUGGGUUUUGGGUGGUGCUGCUCUUUAUGUGUGCUGUUGAUUCUGUGCUUCAGGGAUGGGGUGGGACCAGGGACACAGUAGAAGGAGUUAAUGAUGCACUUUCAGCCAACACUCUGAAUUCCUCCAUUUGUUCCUAUCACAUGUUUUGUGUUUCAUUUCAUAUGUAUUUUUUUAGUGAAAGUAUCAAAAAUAAAAUAUCUGUAGGAGUUUGUUCUCUGCCCUCUAGUCAUGCAUUUAAGAGUUAUGUUGGGGAUACACCUGUAUAGUUGCCUUAAAAGACCCUCAUUAGACCAGUUAGUCAUCCAUGUUGAAGUUCUCUUUAGCUGUGACUUUUUGACCUGCAGUUUACAAGCCUGGGUGGGUGGUUCUUAAUAGAUGUGUCUUGUCCAUUGUGGUCAGUGUUACAAACAUCUUUUGGGGAUAGGAGGGCUAGAAGAAUUUGCUGCUGCCAAAUCGAUUUGAGGCCAAUUUAGGAGGAUUCAGGAAAGGAUUGGACAGUUAUGUGAUUCAUGAAACAUCCAAUCUAGAUGGAGAUUGCAAAAUGUGUUACUUUUGAGCUAGGGGUGAGGCACAGCUUGUUGUGUGUUGUAUUUCCUGUAGAGCCUGAAAAUAGCAGCUCGUAUUUGCUUUCUUGCCAAUGGUGGAAAUGCAAAAUACCCUCAGUACCUCCCUCCCCACCCUCACCAAAUCCUUCAGUGAUCCUAGUCCUGGGUUGAGAGCGCUCUUGCAAUCUCCUAGCUUGUGACUUAGUCCCCUUCCAAACAUCCUCUCCUCAUGUUUUCUGGAUUUUAAACAUGCAGGUUUCCUGCAGUGCUGACUCUCUCUGCAUCAAGGGGAGAGCGGGGGUACUGCCUGGACCACUCUCUAGCCCUCUUCCUAAGCCAUGAGUAUAUGAGGAACUGCCUUGCUGAUGAAGUGUGAGCUCCCAUGUAGGAAUAAGAUCCAAACAGGAGCCCUAUCCAGUACUCACUGGGAAGCACUAUUUCCAUAACUGCAUGCAGGACCCCAGAGCAGUAAAUAGGAAAUGGCCUAAGCCAAACCUCCUAUGGCAUGAGGAGAGAGACUUCUGAGAGUUCCCAGGCUAUAAUCGCAGCAGAGGGGUGGUGGUCUACACUCGAAGCAUGCAGCAGCUCCUCUCACCUUUCUUGGGUCAGCUUCCAUGCAGAGGCCUUUUGUGCUGCUUUCUAACAUCAGGCCCCAGGCUUCCACCUCCAGUUUCCCUAUUGUCCACCCACCCACCAGUGAUGGUGGUCAAUGCUUGGUUCUGCAGACUUCGUUCCAUUCCAACGAAUGAAAUAACAGGGCCUAAACCAGGUUAUUGGAGGGGCUUGGCCCUGUCCACAGUGCCAUGGGGACCUUUCUAGGAAGAGCUGUAUUGUAAAGGUUGUAUUUGCAGGAGGGGCAUGGCAUUGCUAAAUAUAUCACAAACAAAAGAAAUCCUAACAAUAGUGUAAGCUCUGAUUAAUGAUGGAGAUGGUAAAAUUGUAUAUAUUGAUUGAGAAAAGGCAGAAGUGCUCAAUAAAUAUUUCUUCUGUGUUUCGAAAGAAGCUAGAUGAUGUUUUCACACCUUACAGUGAUAAUGAAAUACUCUGUUCCAACAGCAACUAGGGAGGAUGUUAAACAACAGCUGUUAAAGUUAGGUUUCAGAGUAGCAGCCGUGUUAGUUUGUAUCCGCAAAAAGAAGAACAGGAGUACUUGUGGCACCUUAGAGACUAACAAAUUUAUUAGAGCAUAAGCUUUCGUGGACUACAGCCCACUUCUUCGGAUGCAUAUAGAAUGGAACAUAUAUUGAGGAGAUAUAUAUACACACAUACAGAGAGCAUAAACAGGUGGGAGUUGUCUUACCAACUCUGUGAGGCCAAUUAAUUAAGAGAAAAAAAACUUUUGAAGUGAUAAUCAAGCUAGCCCAGUACAGACAGUUUGAGAAGAAGUGUGAGAAUACUUACAAGGGGAGAUAGAUUCAAUGUUUGUAAUGGCUCAGCCAUUCCUAGUCCUUAUUCAAACCGGAGUUAAUUGUGUCUAGUUUGCAUAUCAAUUCUAGCUCAGCAGUCUCUCGUUGGAGUCUGUUUUUGAAGUUUUUCUGUUGUAAUAUAGCCACCCGCAGGUCUGUCACUGAAUGACCAGACAGGUUAAAGUGUUCUCCCACUGGUUUUUGAGUAUUUUGAUUCCUGCUGUCAGAUUUGUGUCCAUUAAUUCUUUUGCGUAGAGACUGUCCGGUUUGGCCAAUGUACAUGGCAGAGGGGCAUUGCUGGCACAUGAUGGCAUAUAUCACAUUGGUAGAUGUGCAGGUGAACGAGCCCCUGAUGGUAUGGCUGAUGUGAUUAGGUCCUAUGAUGAUGUCACUUGAAUAGAUAUGUGGACAGAGUUGGCAUCGGGGUUUGUUACAAGGAUAGGUUCCUGGGUUAGUGGUUUUGUUCAGUGAUGUGUGGUUGCUGGUGAGUAUUUGCUUUAGGUUGGGGGGUUGUCUGUAAGCAAGGACAGGUCUGUCUCCCAAGAUCUGUGAGAAUAAAGGAUCAUCUUUCAGGAUAGGUUGUAGAUCUCUGAUGAUGCGCUGGAGAGGUUUUAGUUGGGGGCUGAAGGUGACAGCUAGUGGUGUUCUGUUAUUUUCUUUGUUGGGCCUGUCUUGUAGGAGGUGACUUCUGGGUACUCGUCUGGCUCUGUCAAUCUGCUCUCGUCCCCUAACGCCCCUACUCUACUUGCGCUACAUUGAUGACAUCUUCAUCAUCUGGACCCAUGGAAAAGAAGCCCUUGAGGAAUUUCACCAUGAUUUCAAUAAUUUCCAUCCCACCAUCAACCUCAGCCUAGAUCAAUCCACACAAGCGGUCCAUUUCCUGGACACUACUGUGCUAAUAAGCGAUGGUCACAUAAAUACCACCCUAUACCGGAAACCUACUGACCGCUACACUUACCUACAUGCCUCCAGCUUCCAUCCAGGACACACCACACGAUCCAUUGUCUACAGCCAAGCUCUAAGAUAUAACCGCAUUUGCUCCAAUCCCUCGGAUAGAGACAAGCACCUACAAGAUCUCUAUCAAGCAUUCUUAAAACUACAAUACCCACCUGCUGAAGUGAAAGAUCUCACAGAUCUUGGGAGACAGACCUGUCCUCGCUUACAGACAACCCCCCAACCUAAAGCAGGCAGACGUCAAGUGGUUGUAGAACUGAAGUUAAGCCCAGGUAUUACAGCCAAAGUAGUUCUCAUAUUUUUGGCCACAUUUUUCACCUCAUCUGUCUUGUGUGCCCUGAACAUGUCCCAAACGAGCAUAGCUGAUUUCUUGAAAAGUGCUCCUGGUCUAGUAUUCCACAGUUUUUCCAGCCAUUCAGUAGUCCCACUUUCAUCCAUCCAUCCCUUUUCGUGUGCACGUAUGAUGACACCAGCAGGAAAUUUCAUGUUUUUAGGUAAGGUUUUUCUUUUAAAAAUAACAAAAAUAACAAAAUAAAAAUCCAUUUGCCAAACACAAUAAAACCACUGUAAAAUGGA